AUAAAUUAAUACAUGUGAAGCGCUCAUAAGAAAAGGUACCCAAAAAAUUGUAGGUUAUGUUUGCAAUUUGUAAAGUGAAAAUAUAAAGAAAAUAAAGUUUUUCUCUGUAAAAACGCGGUUUAAAUCUUCAUUUGAUCAAAAAUAUUCGAUAAAAACUGGUUUUGUUUUAAAUUAAACACGGAAACUUUUAAUUAAACUGGUAAAUAUAACACAAACAUAACCUUAAAAUUCCUUGCUUCUUAGGCAACUUUCUGCGGAGAGCGUCACAAAUAAAUUAAUUUUAAAUACUAAAUUAACGUAUAACUAUAUUGAAUAGCGAAAGCAAAAUUAAAAUAGAAUUUAUUCUUUAAUUCCAAAAUAAAAUUUUUCAGUUUUUAAUUUAAAAAGCGAUAAUCUCCAGGAUAGUGGUUUCUAAAAAUAGUUAGCAUAAAGGCAACGACCUAAUGUGUCAGUGGAAGGUUAAUAAUAAUGAUUUUAAUUGAAAUUAUCAAAUUGGCAAGUACAAUACGAACGGCAUCACGAACAUCAACGGCUUAUUCGCAUUUGCGCAGGUGGAUCGUCAGGACUUUCUUAUUUAACAUCUCUGAGCCAGUCACGCUACCGUUUGAGUUUAGGUCGGGUCGUGUAAAUUCGAUGGAGCAGUCAGGGGUAGUAUUUCCUUGUGGUCAAGAGAGUUGAUACACAUUUUCCAUUCAGCUGGAUUAAGUAAAUUUUCGUCGAUCGAAGAAUACCAAGGAUGCGAUGGGUGAGGGUGAGAGGGACCGUCUCGGCAAAAGGCAAAAGUCUUCCUAUGGAAUUAACAAAUCAUCCUCGGAUACAGAGAUAGCGCGAGGAAAGAAUAAGAAUCGCAAACAGAAGAGCAAGGAAAAGUGGCCCUUCAACGAAGGCCUCUCAGUUGACGAACUUGCUCGAUAUCGAAGGAAAAAAAUCAAGGAUCAGCCAAAAGACACCUUAGGUUUAUGCCCGUCAGAGGAAAUUAUACCAAAUUUAGUAACAGAAUAUCGGCGAGCUUUUGGUGCUGAAACUGAUGUCACCUUCGACUUGAACAAGGAACCAACGAGGACAAAAAGAUCAGAAAACAGUUUGAAACCGGAUGAAUUACAAAAUACUCAGGAACCUCUAGAGAACCAAAGUCAGUUAGUAGAAAGCAAUUCAAAUAACCCAGAACAACUGCCAAGCAAUUUAUCUUUACCUGAUGGCCAAGGAAUUAUGGAGACUGAAGUAGAUACCUCAAAAUUAAAUGCAAAUCUCAUAAACAGUUCCAUGAAAAAAGCGCACGAAGACAAUUUUUACACAAACACUGAAAAUUCACUAUUCAUUCAUCACGAAGGUUUUCACAGACCGGAAUUAAUGAGGAGACCAACAUCAUUGAAAAUGGAGGGUGACAUGGAAACAAUGACUGAAAAAUCUGAAAAGUUCAUAGAGUGGCUUAAUGUCAGUCGACCAGAGCUUAUAAGAUUGUCAACACAUUUGAAACUUGAGGGUGAUCUUGAAACAACGACUGAAUCGCACGACAGUUAUAUUCCUUUUGUUGGUGUUAAGCGGCCGGAAUUACUGAAACAAACUUCUCAUUUAAAAUUAGAGGGUGAGGCUAGAUUUCUUCCUGAGUAUUCUGCCGUAUUCAAGGAGUACGAUUAUGCAGGGAGACAAGGUUUAAGAAAACCAGAAGCAAACUUAAGAUCAUGUGGGGAUUUUUAUCAAAUAACUGAAGCUAGUCAACAAUUCGCAAGUCCUCGUUCGAAAGAAGCUCAACUAAUGGCAGAACAUGCAAAGGAUUUAGAAGACAAGGAAAACAAAACGAAAGAUGGUGAAAAAGACGAAGAGAAGAGGCACAAAAAAGAAGAAAUGAAAAUGCUAGUGUCAAAAUUGGAAGAUCUCAAGGGACCUCCUCUGGAAAUUCCAGAAUAUAAAGCAGCCUACAAGGAUUUUCCGAGAGAGAGGCCAAAGUUAGUAAAACCAGAAGACGAAAUCGGCAGGGCCGAUGGUUCUAAAGUAUCCUCAUCUCCAGUGCACACAAAAUUCUCAUCGAAAAUCGAUCAAGAUCCAGAAUAUAAAUCAAUAUAUCUUGAUCUGUCACGUGAACGUCCGCUGCAUCGAAAACCACCUUUAAGACCAGUUGUCGUGUCGUCCGGAAGGACAAGUGCAAAUGCCAGUAGAAUGAGCUUCCACGAACCGAGACGUCACGACCUGGAAACAACGAGCGAAGUUAGAUCUCAAUAUGUAUCCUACGGUCAAAUACCGAGAGUCGAGACCCUAAGGAUGCCGGCAAAUUUACGUUUAGAAGGAAAUUUGGAUCUCGAACCAGAAUACAAAAAUGCCUAUUGUUCGAGGCCAAGUCUCUCUGUUUUCAAUGAGCCACGUAUGCAUCGACAUCGUGAACGCAGUCUCAGUGCUUCCAGAAAAAAGGACAAUUAUUGGGUUAAUAAUAACAACAGUGAACAGUUUGGAAGAAUAAAUGCCGCUGACGAUCAGGAUGCAUUUCAAGUUUUGAGUACUCGAGUUCAUGAAGAGAGUAUCGUUGGAAAACCACCAUCUGGAAGUAGGAGAGGAUCUCGAUCGUCCUUAGUUCCAAGACCCUCGAUAGACAUGGCGGAUCAUCAAGUUUUGCGAAAUCGAUCGCCAAGUCCAACGUAUCGUCUGCACGUGUGCAACGUUGAUGAACCGAGAGGAUUUUCCCGAAGGAAGAGAUCUCCGUCCUUGCCGUCUUCCGAGAAGAUACAUGUCACAACGCACGAUUUAGAUGAUAAUGAUGACGAUUGUCAAAGACCUUAUUCUCCAAGUUUUGCCAAGGAUUCCAGACGCUACAGUGACAAUAACCAAGCGUUCGUUGUAUUAGACAAUGACAAUGACAGUCCUAAAAUAAUAAACAAUAAUAAUGCAAAUGAUACUCGUAGACGAAGAACUGAUAGCAAUUUUACCGUUGAUAGUUUGAGUUCAACAAUGACAAGAGGAAGACCCAGGAAUAAAACACCUCCAAAUUGGAUGCCUCCAUGGUACGAUAGUUCUAGUUCCAUAACUGAAAAAUAA